CCGGAGCGGCCAUUUCGAGCCCUUUGCGGCGCCGAAGCGUGAGGGAGCUGCUUGGCAUGCCGGGUGGUGAGAGAGACGAGGUAGAAGCUGGUGCUUAGCCCCGAACUGUAAGUAUUAUCUGCAGUCGAGUAGGAAAAGCUGACGUUGUUGCAUGUGCUUUUGUUCUGGAGUUUGCGUUGUUCAGGCUUUGUAUGGAUGGCCCCAAGCAGCAGAGCAGCCCUGUGGUUACUCUGGCACUAAAUGAGGCACGUUUAGCCCCUCUGCCGCUUCUGGAACAGCAUUAGGGUGAGUUUCAGCUCCACUGUACCCCUACACCUGCAUUUAGUGCAGGUUUAUAAACAAAUUACUUCAGUUUAAAAAAAAAAAAAACUCAAGGGAGUAGGUUACGUGAUAUAAAAGCUUAUUUCCAAAUUGAAACACAGAAUAUAAGACAUAAAAUGUGCAAAUGAAUAGGGAUUGCUGAGUUGUAUCAGCCUCACUGAUAGGGAGACUUGGCUCCAAUCACAAGAGCAAGGAAGAACUUAACUGAAAAGGGAACACGGUGCCCUGAAGUAGAAAUUAAUUAAAAUAGCUGAGCUUCUAAAGAGCAAAACAGCUGAAACAGUUAAACAAUGACUGAGCAUGCACAAAGAUGGAAAGGGGAAAAGUACACAGUGAAGAAGACUGAGUCUUAAUCAAAAAGACCCCAAAGUGUGACUACCAGAGAGGGUACUGCGCAUGUGAGAGUAGGAGGGAUAGUAUGAUGGUUAGUUCUGAGAAACCAUUAAUGUUAAAUACUUGCCUUUCUUGGAAAUUGUGUGAAUAUGUAUAUCUCUAAACUAUAAAUAAGUACUCACUGUUGUGCUUGGGUGUGUGUGUUUUGUUGAAUUAUCCCCUAUGUACCUAGUGCUGUUAAUAAAAAAUGCCUGCUUUCUUAUUCUCCAGAACGAGUCUUGGAAAGUUACAGUACCUUUUUGCAUUUCAUGUGGCACCAAAGGAGGGCAUGUUUAGCCCCUCUGCUGCUUCUGAAACUCCAUUAGGGAGAGUUUCAAUUCUGCUGUACUCCCACACCUGUGUUUAGUGCAGGUUGAUAAAUAAAUGACUUCAAUUUUGGAAAAAAAAAAAGCACAAGGAAGAAGGUUCUACCUUGAACAGUUAUAUGAUGCAAAAACUCAUUCCCAAAUGUAGGCUGUUUAAAACUUAAUUGUUGAUGUGCAGUGAUACUGAUAGAUCUCUUGGCCUGAAUAAUAUUGAUAUUAGCAUGGAAGGAACCUUCUACUGUAUGUCCUGCCUCAUGAGGAAUUUUGUAUUAUAUGUUCUGCUUAGUUAAGCACUAACAAAUCAAAGGAAAUGGAGGAAGGGUCGUAACAUAAGAAAGAAAUGAAGAAGCGUGCAUAACUCAGCUGGCACAUCAGCAAAACAACACUAUUUAAGGAAGAAAUAGUGAAAAACAGGUUCAGGGUUAAUCAACAGACAAGGAUGAAGAGGCCGCAACAACCACCAUGACCACUGCUUCAAUUCAUUGAGUCUGUGCAGAUGGGAGGAACAUACAUAUAUAAUUUCAGUAAACCAGUAGUAAUAUGUAUGACUUCUUCAAGAAAUGUAAUGAAUAUGUGAGCCUUGUGAUUAUAAAUUUUUUUGGUCAGCAUUGAGAAGGUAAAUGCACUUUGGCAGAACAAUCCAUGUGUGUCUCCAGUGCCACAGCUUUGAUAGUAAAGAAUGCCCACUUUCUAAGAUUUCAAAAUAGGUCUUUUUAUUUGCUGCUUUUAUGGUAACAACAGCUGCAAUAGAGUUGUGGUAUUCGUCACCUUUGUUCUGAUAAUAGCUUGUAGCUGUAUGGGUUGGGGAGGAAAUGGAACUUAGUCCUGUGAGUAGUCACAGCUGCUGAAGUUCUGUAACCAUUUGUUUUGGCAUGCUAAUUUUACCUAUUACUGCUGGUUUGUAUAUGUAAAAAGCAUGUAAAAAUCUCCCAAGAUAGAGAACUAGAGGUUAGUAAAUGACUAGCAUGCAGAUAAAAUUACUCUAGGCUAUUGCACAGUGAGGGCAGGUUCCUCUGCUGUGUGUUCCAGUCUAUUUUGUAUGGAUUUAUGCAGCUCAAGGGGUGGAUUGUAUUGCAGAUUCAGCUGAAAAUUACUUUUUUCUUUUGGGGCUAGUCUCCAUUUUUGUUGAUAGCAGUAAACAAAAUGUCGAUAGAUUGUUAGAGCAGGAAGCCUUAAAGAACAGGGAAAUGGCGUUGUUUCUCAUGCCAACAGGCCUGGAUAAGUUCAAAAUUAUUAUAAACUACAGUGAAGUGAGUGUUUGAGUAUGACUUAGAUGUGCAGCAUCCUUUAAAGUUAAGCUGCUGGCUUACAUGCAUGUGUACAUGUACAGGAGAACUUCAUAUCCAAGUUUGCUCACAAAUUGCUUUAAGUUAACCCUAUGAAAUGGAGCAGGGGAGGUUUGCCUGCUUAACAGAGGAUUUUCUUUAAUUUCUUGAAUGCUCAUUGAUUUUAGGACAGGUUGAAACAUGACUGAUGCAAAUGAAUCCCAGGCUUCUGUUUCUGAUUACCCUGAUGCCCAAGAUCUAAUAUGCACUCAACAGAAAGAAAUAGAUAUGUUAAAUGAGCACGCAACAAAUAAACACAGGAAACGUUCACGCUCAAGGCAGAAGGAUGCCAUUCCUGAGGAGUCUUCAGUUGAGGUCAUCCUGGACAGCAGUGAUUCAGAAAUUGGCAGUGAGUACCACACCAAGUGCUCCAUUGCACCUUCAAAGCAAAAAAGGAAAUCAGGACCUUCAAGGCAACAAGUGGAAGCUGUUGUAACAGUGCCUGAUGAUGAAAGUUCAGAUUCUUCUCCGUCUCCUCCGAGUCCAGUGAAACUACCUGAAAGCUCCAAAGAGAAGAAAUCCAAGCUUAAUUUGAAAGCCAUUUUUGCCUAUCACUUCAGGGGAAGGAAGUUUAAAACUGCUGCACACAGAAAUUUUCGGAGUACAUCAAGGAAGAGGAAGACUGAGACGGAGACAAAGACAAGGCAUGAGCGCACAUACAUGCCUACUGGGAGGCCACCACUGACAGCCUCACCACAAGAGCAAAAGAAAAGGCUUCUACAUCGGGGUUUUGAAUUCCCUUUUGUUGAAAAACAUUAUGGGACAAAACAUAUUCCCUUAAAGAUGGUUCUUGACUAUGAGCAAGCAGCUACAAAGGGAUACUUACGGUAUAUUGAAAUGCUCAAAUAUGAAGAACACCUCAAAAAGGCUUUAAAAGCACUUCAAGCUAGUGAAGACUUAGAAAGAGAAUGUCUGGCAGUACGGAAACACAAGUAUUUAGAUGAUGAAGGUCCCAUUUCCCCUAUCCAGGAGAUGAAUGAUGAUAACAGCUUGGGUGCUGAUAAUCAAGACGACUUUGAUGUCAGAGUAGUGGACAACAGCUGUUUCAUUUUAAGCAGCAGACUUCCCAAUAAGAAGAAAUCCAAGACAGAAACAAAACGUGCGAAAUCGACGGGAGUGGUGGAAGUAGAAAAGAAAGGCCGUGCUGCUGCUAAGUCUGGGCUUCAGCGAGGCUCACUCCAGUGAACAGAAAACUGCUUAAUGAGGUGGCAGCAGUCACUCUUCAGAUACCUCGUUAAGGCCUACUUGGUUUAAAGUGUUGGUCUGAGGACCGCAUUAAGCUGUCGACUCAGCAGCCUAGUCAGAUUGGGUUUAAGGCAUCUACCUGAGAAGUACUCUAUGGCUUCACAGACUCGUCCUGGAUCUAGGAGUGGGGUUCUUGCUGGUUUAUCUUGCUUUCGGAUAAUGAAAUACCGGUCAGCUGAUGCAAGAGACUUUGUGGAUGAAUUUCACCGGCUUGACAGCACCGAGCAGUUUUUACUUUUUUUUUGGACUGCUUGAAUUCUUGACAACUGUUGGCUGACCUCAGCGCACUCCUGUGGAACACAUUAGGGAAAGAGGAAGCCCACCCACUAGUCCAGUCUGAAGGAGUGUCUCGGUGACACAUAGAGAAAAUGAGAAAAACAAAGCCAUUUCCCAGGAGCAUGAACCUUCCGCAGGUACUGGCUUCUGCAUUUGACACAAACGAAAAGUGGUGCAAAUGGAGGAGCUUGGUAAGAGUCAAAAGAUGUGUUCUGAGAUUUCAAGUGUAACUAACAUGGCUAAUUACAUGCCUUGAACUUCAGCCUUUUUUUUUUUUUGUGUAGGUAUCAAAAUUAUUUCAUUGUUGCUUGUGGGUUGAGUUUUCUUGCUGUCUUGGAACAGUCUAGUCCAGCUUUAAUCCUAAAGCAGUUAUUUACUAGUUCUUGGUUUGGUUGCUAUGGCUUUUUAAAAAGAAAAAAAGACGGCACUCUGGUGUCUGUCUGGUCUUGAAAUAACUUUGUAACAUGUUGCAUUUUUUGUUGUGUUAUUUAAUUGAGCAAUACAUACUGCUUUAUCUAUCUUUAAGCUUCAAAUUCUUCAAAUGUUUGAGUUAAAUUCCGAGCUUCUCAGCCAGUUUACUACAAUACUGUUACAAUUCCUGGAUUCUGUUCUACAGAAUAUAGCUUAAAGUAAAACAAGCAAAAUACUCUGGAAAAAGUAAACACUUGAAAGUUCUGAAGCUGCUGAAAUCCAUGGAAUCUCUUCUCUCUUAAGUGCAUGACUGCUUCUGUGGAGUGGGUAUAGAAGGAGCUUGAACCUUAACGUGUGCAGUGGUGGAUUGAGCUAUUGCACCUGUUGCACUGUAUGGUAUCUGCACCCAGCAGCAUUCCUCUGAUGGGGUGUUCAAAAAACAGUGCUACAGCAGUUCGGCAUUUGGCAUCGUUGGUUUUCAUUCUGGUGUGUGUGUUAAACCUGGUAUUUCUGCUGAUACAACCUUUGUCCUCUUCAAGGAUCCGAGUGCACUCCUUAUUCCACGUACAGCUUCCCCAUGUGAGAGCUGAGUUUCCCAGGUGUAUUCAGUUUUGUUUUUUUUUUUACAGGUGAUUUGGAAUACAGAACAAAGGGAGCUCUGUUUUAAAAGGAUUAGCUGUGGAAGAGGAUAACGACCUGUUUGACUGCCUGUAGUGUCAGUUACUGAGUUGCUGAACGUCGGAGGGGUGAAAAGCAACACCUGAGUGCUGCCAGAGCAAGUCUGAAGGUCCUGCUGUGAUGUUGCUGCAUGUUUGUUGCAAGGAAGAACAGACCAGCUCUUACAUGCAGAAAGGAUGGUAGUGUUAAUUGCAGUAAUUUAAUGUCAUUCAAACUUUCCUUACUGCUCCGUAAACUGAACUAGUGUGUUACCAACUGCUUUUUCCCCGCUUCUCCAUUAUUGAACUCAACUGUAUUCAGCUUUGGGGGUGUUUAUUCUGUACAUGUCACAGCAUUUAAAUAAAAGUCAUGUCUGAAAGGA